GUGCAAUGAGCUGAGUUGCUGAUUGCAACUAUACUUAACAUCUAUAUUCUGCGUUUAUCCAGUUUAAAUUUUCGUACAAUCAUGCGCAAAAGUCAACAGUCUUUGAGUUUAUAGGUAUUUACAUCAUCAUGCGUGAAUCGCCUAACCUUACAGCUGCAGUUACAGCUUAUUUGGUGCUGUUGCUAGUCGUGUCUGCCACAGCGGACGUCGACGAAGACGAUUACCUAUAUACAAACUUCUUCCCGGAGCAGUUGAACCUGCAACCCUCAGAACUGGACACAACGGACGCGGACCCUGACGAAAUUCACGAGCUUCUGUGCGUCGACUGUAAGGCCGUACCGAAGGCCACGGUCCAGGACGAUGACAGCUUGCUGCUUAGGUCCACGACACAACGAACCGACCAAAGGUUGGGACAGACAACGGUUGUUAAGAAAAGCGGAGGUGUACCUUACUUGAAUCAUAUGGAAACGGGUGAGUUAAUGAUACCCAUUGUAAAUCGCAUUCGAACAAGCACAGCUAAACGAACUACAUCAUCGGUAGCUGCAUCAAAUCGCGUUUUCGAUUUCAGGUGGAACGAUUUGAUAAAAAAGACUACGCAAAUACCACAACAGUCAGCAGCCAGUAAUCUAUUAAACUAAAUAAUGUAAUGUGACUUACAUUUACAUCAAAUGUACCAUUAUCUAUUUGUUCCGACGAAUAUAAAUAAAUAAUUAUUUUAUAUUUA